AUGACUUGCCAACGAAAUUCUAAUUUGGGUUACGUUAGUGUAUUUCUCUUCACAUUGUGCUAAGAAUUGAAAAGAGUAAUCUGAAACCACAAGGACACCAUAUCACUUGUUUCCCUAUCAGGAAGUCAUUUUUACAAUACAUACGUUAUUGAGUAACAGACAUGUAUUUCUCAGUAACCUCAUUUGAUAACAAACUGCUUAAAGAGCCGAGCAGGUUUCCUUUUAAGGCACAAGAAGCCCAGCAGGAGCUCAAUUGACACUAUUUUAACUAGUGAAUCUUUAGAGUUUUGACAACAUGGGGGAAGUUCAUGCUCCACAGUUUCUGACACUCAUCCACAUUCUGCUGUGCUGUGAAUCUCUUCCUCUUACGCAAAUGCAGUUUGUGAUCCAGCACACUUGGGACAGCGAUCCUGUGAAUCAUGACCCCAUCAGAAUCCAUUUCUCUCCCGGGCAAGGAGGGCUGAAGAUAGAGAUGUUUGGUCCCUUCUUCAAUGACCCAGCAGCCCCCGCAGGGCCCCCUAGUCAGCCCUUUCCUGGACUCUGGGAUUAUGAAGUUGUGGAGUCCUUCUUCCUUGACAGUACCACAGAAAAUUACCUUGAAGUGGAGUUUUGUCCACAUGGACAGCACCUGAUAUUGUUGCUAUCAGAAGUUGGAAAAGCAUUCCAGCAACAACUACCCAUGGUGUUUAAUGCCACGAUCACAGGGGACAGGUGGAUGGGUGAGGCUCUCCUGCCCUGGUCGUACUUUCCUCCAAAUAUCAACAAGAUGAACUCCUACGCAAUUCAUGGCUCAGGAGAGAAGCGUACAUAUGAGGCUCUCUACCCCAUCCCCAAGGAGGAGAUAGUGGAAGGCCAAAAACCCAACUUCCACCGCCUGGAGUAUUUCCAAGAUUUUAGCCUGCAAAGCAUCAUGGGAGAAGGUUGGAUCCAGCCGGAAUCUGAUCUAUGGAAAGGAAAGGCCUGAGCUUUUCAAAAACCCCUCCCUGUCUCUCUCUUUUGCCCGCACACACACACACACACACACACACACACACACACACACACACACACACACACACACACACACACACACACACACCUACACACACACACACACCACACAGGGCAAUGGUACAAACACUCAUUGACGGGAAACAAAGACCAAUCAAUCUUUAUUAGUUAAUGCUGCCAAACAAUAUGACAACAAAUAUGUUAUCAGCUUGUCACCGUGUAUUAGCCUUCACGCACACACACACACACACACACACACACACAGACACACACACACACGUCACAAAGUAUUGGACAUCCGCAUAAUUUCCCUAAGCAGAGUGUGACUGACAGCGUUAUACUGUGGAUGGUGGCAAGAAAUGCUCGCUUUGACAUUGAGCUCCUCUGUAGCUGGAGCGUUUCCCUUCAGGGAGAAAGACCACAGCAGGUCCUUGUGAUACUGUCCCUGAGUUCUAAAAGUUUUCAAUAAAUGUUCUGUACUUUACUUUCUUUAUUGAAUGUCUUUAACAGUUACAUAUGUUAAUGUGUUAAUUACAUACAUUGUAAUUCUUACAUUCUUUUCUUUGCAAUUGUCUGGACAUUUUUACUUUAGUUGUAUUUCUCAUGUGUUCAGUGCCAAGUUUAUCCAUUAGAGCUUAUGCACUUUGAAAAUGUAUUUGUCGCUUCCAUGAUGACUGGUUGAUUAAUUAAGGUUACUUAUUUUAAAGUACUAGUCAAUAAACACAAAUAAUGUUUAAAAGUU